CCUGCGGCGGGGGCGCGCUCGGGGAGGGCUGCGGGCGGGCGGGCGGCCGGGGGCCGCCUCCCACCCGGAUGCGCCCGGGAGGAGGAGGAGGAGGAGGAGGAAGAGCAGCGCAGCCCACCGUGCCCGCGGGGCGCCGCGAUGACCUGACGCCGCGCCAUGGAGCGGACGCCGCGCUUGGCCGCGGCGCUGCCCGCCCUGCUGCCGCUGCUGCUCGCCGUGCCGGCGCUGCGGGGCUCGCCCGCCGUAGAUGAGAUAUCUGUGGAGCAGCGAAAUUUUUCCUUUUUCUCAAUGGCCUCAAAGGUGCACCAAAGCAUAUCAGGCAGCAGGACACAAAUGGCCUUAGCGAAAAGUACUUUGGAGUCCCAAGAAAGUAAUUUCCUUCAAACAGUUUUAUCAUCAGUUACCACUCCCCUUGAUGUGACUUCAUUUAACCAAGAAGAAACGAUCAGGAUUUCAGAAUGGAGAAGUAUGCCAUCGGUAGAUGUCUCCGUAACAAGCAAUGAGGCAUUCUUAAGUGACAAUGAAUUUAUUAGCUCAUUUCCAAAGGCACAGUGGACUCCUCCACUGAAGUCUUCUGCAGUUUUACCAGAUCAUCAGUCUAAUACAGUAGAGCCACCAAGAGAAGUAUUAGAAACUCUGUUGCUAACACCUUCAUUAUCUGUCUUUUUUAUACCAUACGAAAUCUUGAAAACAGCACAGCAAAAGACUCCGCUAAGUGCUGUCCCUAGUCCCAGUAACACUCUCACAGAACUGAAGCCUUUUGUACCAGAUAGUGAAAUUCUAAGUUCAAGCAGAGACUUGCUGUUGCACCCUCCAAAUACAGAUGUUUAUUUCACUCCCAUUCCUUUAGAGGAGGUGGGUGAGGUGUGGGAAAACGUAAACAGAAGUUUAACGUCUCUGCUUUCUGAGGCAACUUCACGAGAGCCACCUGUCCAUCUCCAGUUGCUGGAUAGAGAUAGCCAUGUUGCAGCAGAUGCUACAGCACAAAGUAUAGACCCAAAUGGUGACAAUUACACUGAUGUGAGUAGCUGGGCAACAGAAGUACUCGGUGUAAGGACCUACCCUGCUCCAAGCAGUCCCUGGGCCACACCUGCUGCUGCAGCAGCCAGUGCUGAGCCCAGUUUGUUUGCAAUCAGUCUUCCACUUGCACCUUUCCCUGGUCACUCAGCUGUCGUUUCUGCUAACGCUGGCACGGUUCUUAAUGCCAGCUUGUUUACACACCACUUCUCCAGUACAGCACCAAAUUUGCCUGCUGGUUCAGAAAUACCAAGUCAACCUGAGCUUGUUAGUGAGCUCAUAAGCCCAGUGCCUUUCACGAGAUCAUACAGUUCUUGUUUAUACUGUGACUCGGUUUCACUUCUGCCAGAGGCAGGCUUUGCUCCAGAACAUGAUGUGGGCUCAGGUGAUUACAUUGAAACCAUGUCAGUCCAAGCCUCUGAAGUACAAGGAGUAACUCCAUUUACAACUAUAAUUACCGAUCAGUAUGAGUUCGAUGAGCCUACACCUGAGAUUUUUGAUACUUCUUUUCCAUCAAGACCAGUUGUUUCAUUUUCUUCAAGAUUUGCAGAGAUCCCUGAUUCAAGUGUGUUUUUAUCAAGCACUGUGGGCACUGCCAUUGAUGACAGAAUACCUAUGAGUUCUCCUUCCUACCAUCAUCUUCCUGGAGAGAUGUCACUGGACAUCUCUGUUGCCCAGUUUUCCCUCUCUGCUAUGGAAACUGUUUCACCGCCACCAAGCACUGGUGCAGAACGUCCUGCUGCCACCACUGUUCUCUCUGAAACUGCGGUCACCCCGAGUGAGCUGGUAGUGUCUUCUGCAGUCAGUCACACAACUUUUCUGGACUCACCAGAACUUAGGCCAUCAGAAUCAGGAUUUUUGCUUGACAAGACAUCUACAAGGGAAGAACCAUCUUUAACAGUUUCAGAUUUUUUGUCCAAUCUUUUAUCAACACCAUUUCUGAUUGAACCUAGCUACUCGUUUUUGUCGUCAGCCAUGCUACACUCUUACUCUGUCGUGCAGAGUGAUUUAUCAACACUCUUACCUCAGACCUUGUUGACUGGGACAUCAGUACUUUAUGAGGACGUUUCCAGCUGGGACUUAGCUACUGCUGUCAGCUCUACCAGUAACAUUGAGGUUUCUCUGUUCUCUCUCGGACAAGCACCAUACUUCUACUCAAAUGCAUCCUCUACUCCAGGUCCACACGUUCCUGAAAUAAUGCCAUCAUCAGGUUUGCAUUCUGACUCAUCUGUGUUUCUGGAAGCACCAUCAGUAUUGGUAGCGGGAUCCGAAGUUGUGAUUACCUCAGCUGUUACAGGAGCUACCUCUCAGUUAGAGCCUUCGCCCUCCUCCUUCCAGCCUGUGGUUCCCACCCUGGUGCUGCCUGCUUCCGACACCGAGCCUGUUAACAGCAGUGUCCUGCUCGACGAGACGAGUCUGAUCUCUCUGUUUACUCCCUUUCCAACAACUCCUGUCUUAAAUGUGUCUUCAUCUCUGCUCUCAACUGUUCUGGCUUCUGAUGAGGAUACUGGUGCUACAGUUAACGCCACGCUGCUUUUAACAUCCCACAGCGAGGGCAGCGCCCACCCCACAGCACUUGUGACUGCAGGCCCUGACAGCCUGAUGCCGCGUGUCGAUGCCAGCAGCGUCGCUCCCUCUCCUACACAAUCUCCAUCUGUGAUCACAUCGCUCGUUCCCACACCAUUUCCUCCGACUUCUCACCCUGCCACGGGGUAUGAUGUUCCAGCGGGAACUGGCAGUACCAACACAUCGGCUGCUCCUGGCACUGUCCCCAAAACUGCUGCCGCUAGCACCCCGAGCAGCCGCGCCACGCCUGCUGCGGGCAGCAGCCCCGGCACCUUCUCCUCCCCUCCUCUGCUCACCAUCUUCUCCUCCCCUCCUCUGCCCACCACCACCGCUCGGCCCAGAGCCACGGUCCUGACCUCUGCCGCCAGCACCACCAGGCAGCCCUAUGUCUGCGACAUCGCGGUCCCCGAUGCUUACCUUGUCACUGCCGUGCUGGCCCGAAGAGCUGUUCUACAAAAUGUCAGUGAAUCCAUCAGAGAAGUGCUCAGAGUUCAGUUCAGGCGAUCAGUAGAGCUAGAGGUUUAUAAAAUUUCCCCGAAAUAUGCUUUCUUGGUGACAUCAGGUCCUUUUGUUUACACGGCGAUAGCUGUCAUAAAUGUGCUUGUGAACAGCAGUCUUCUUCGUGGUGAGAGCCCCCUGAUCCUCUCGCUGCAUCCUUCUUUCACCAUGCCCGAUAACAGAUUCCAGGUUCAGACAGUGCUUCAGUUUGUGCCUCGAAAUGUGGAUAUUGGGUUCUGCGACUUCAGCCAGCGCAUUGAAAAGGGGCUGACAAUGGCAUUCAUGGAGGUGAGCAAACAACACCAGGAGUUCUACAACUUCACUGUGCAGAUACUGAAUAUAACUCUGAGUAGGCCCGGGGCUGCAUUUCGUCAGGGCCCCGUGAGCAUCAUUUUUGCCAUCCGAGAUAGAUAUGGUUUUCUAAAUGGGUCCGAAGUCAGUGAGCAGUUAAGAAACUUGUCCGUGGUGGAAUUCAGCUUCUAUCUGGGUUUUCCUGUGCAGCAAAUUGCUGAACCCUUUCAUUAUCCUAAGCUUAAUGUUUCGCAGUUAAUGAAAUCUUCCUGGGUGAGAACAGUUCUCUUGGGUGUCGUCGACCAGCGAAUUCAGGAGGAAGUAUUUCAGGCUGAGAUGGAGCGGAAGCUAGCUCACCUGUUAAACGAGGCUUUGGCCAGAGGGCGGAUAUGGAGACGAGCCAGUUUUGCAGGCAGCAACAUUGUGCAGAUUGUGAAUGUGUCACGGUUAGAUGGUGUUGAUAACCCUGUGGAGCUGAUCUACUUUGUGGAGGAUCAGGAUGGAGAGAGAUUCAGUGCUUUGAAGUGCUCUGACCUGAUGAACAGGGUUGAUAUCCAGCGGGCUGCAAUCAUCCUUGGAUACCGCAUUGAAGGCGCCGUUGCACAGCCUGUGGAAAAGCUGAAGGAGUCCUCCUCAGAGUCACAGAAUAGCAACCUAUGGAUUAUUGUUGGAGUGGCAGUCCCAGUUGCUGUGGUGCUCCUGAUCGUUAUUAUUUUAUACUGGAAACUUUGUCGAACAGACAAGCUGGAGUUUCAGCCAGACACGAUAAGCAACAUUCAGCAGCGACAGAAGCUACAAGCCCCAAGUGUGAAAGGCUUUGAUUUUGCUAAGCAGCAUCUGGGCCAGCACAAUAAAGAUGAUGUCCUGAUUAUCCAUGAGCCAGCUCCUUUACCAGGACCUGUUAAGGACACUACCCCAUCUGAAAAUGGAGAUGUGCCCAGCCCCAAGUCCAAGACUUCCUCAAAACCUUCAAAGACUGUCCGACACAGAGGGAGAGUUUCACCAUCAGAUGCUGACUCCACAGCAAGUGAACAAUCCAGCGGGAGAGAGACAGGAGAGGAAACUGCAAGACCAUCAACUGCAAAUGAGGGUAAACCACGCAGAGGAGUGAAGAAGGGACCUCCUCAGACAAGCAGUGGAAACGAGCAGCACUCCUCAGCCUCGAUCUUUGAACAUGUGGAUAGGAUGUCACGUUCCUCAGAUGCAAGCAGACGGGUCCCAAGCAAGAUCCAGCUGAUUGCUAUGCAGCCGAUGGCAGCACCUCCAAUUCAGAAUUCUGUGCUUUCUGAUCGAGUAGCAGAGACCAACAAAAUUAAUAAAGAGAUACAGACAGCCCUAAGGCAUAAAUCUGAGAUUGAGCAUCACCGCAAUAAGAUUCGUCUUCGCGCCAAGCGCAAAGGGCACUAUGAAUUUCCAGUGGUGGAUGAUGUGGUGGUGGUUGACUCCAAAGAACAACACAGAAUAUAUCGCAAGGCACAGAUGCAGAUUGACAAGAUCUUGGACCCUGGAGGCAGUGUGCCUACUGUCUUCAUAGAACCCAGGAAGAGCUCUCGUGCAAAACGUUCUCCCAAGCAGCGCCGGCGACAUCAGAUAAACGGUAGUCCCAUUGAUGCGGAAAAGGACAGGUUAAUCACAACUGAUAGUGAUGGGACAUACAAACGACCUCCAGGAGUCAAUAACUCUGCAUAUAUUUCUGAUCCGGAUUUGCCUCCUGAUCCUCAUACAUCAUCUUCAGCAGAUCUGGGGAAGUUCCCCGGCUUGCCUUCCCACCCAGUCUCCCAGUACGUCCCACCGCAGCCAUCCAUAGAAGAGGCUCGGCAGACCAUGCACUCAUUGCUGGAUGACGCCUUUGCCCUGGUGGCUCCCAGCAGCCAAGCGGCCAAUUCCACAGCCGUCACACCACCUGGGGUCUCUGCAGGACAGCCGAGAUAUGUGGAAUUUGGAAUGACUCCACCAGCAGCACCAGGUCUCCUACCAAGGCAGAACUUUGGGCCAGGUUUUCUUCAACCGGCGGAGUUAAUGCACCCAGACCAGCAGCCACCCGAGGCUCAUUAUUCCUCCAGAGGAAUAUACUCAGAGGAAAUGCCAUCAGUGGCACGACCACGACCAGUUGGAAGCACUGCAGGUUCUCAGAUACAGCACCUCACUCAGGUGGGAAUUGCUAGCAGGAUCGGAGGUCAACAAGUGGAGAUCCCCUCAGGCAGAGCAGGGCAUGGCCAGCCGGGGGGGCCAGGGUGGCCCCAGUACCGUGGAGAGGAUGAAUAUGCUAGGCGAGAUGCAACACAUAUGCAUGGACACCAAGAAUAUUCCUCCUCACCAGUAUUCCAGAUGCCGAGGACUUCAGCCAGGCAGCCUUCGGCACCCCCUGCUCAGCUUCCGCACAACAGCCUUCAGGGCCAGGGCCUUUGCUACACCACCAGUUCCACUGAGGACCUCCAGCCAGGUCACUCUUCAGCCUCUCUUAUAAAAGCAAUUAGAGAAGAACUUCUACGACUUUCUCAGAAACAGACAACAGUGCAGAACUUCCAUAGUUGAUUUAGCAUUCCCUUGCAAAUCUGCCAGGUAUCUGCUUCCUAUGGAAGCAAAGACUUAAAGGAAAUCACCAAUGUUGUUCUCUCAAAAGAAUGGACUUCCGCAGCUCUUUAAAGACCACUCUGGAAAAAAGAAAAGGCAGCAAAAUGAGAAGAGUGUAAGAGAGACAGGGGACAAACAGGGAAAAUCAUCAGUGUCAUCGCAAGCAAUGUUAAUUAGUCUGCUGUUACUAUGGUGCUCCUCUUCUCUUCCUACCCUCAUUCAGUCUAACAAAUAAAUAAAAAGUUAGGUCAAGAAGUCAAUACUCCAGCAACAGAAAAAUCCCAGGAACAAACUCCAAGUGUAGUAACUCCUUCUUCUAAGGAAGAAGGCAAAGGUUUGCAUGAACUGAAAUGACAUUUUGCAACAGAGUACAAGUAUUCUGAUCUCUCCAGUGCUUAUGGGGAACUGGUUUGUGUUGCUGUUCUUCAAGAUUACAAACUGUAUCAGCUCUAGGAUGUUGAAGGUGUAAUCCCACAUAAGAAUCCCUUUGAUUGUCAAUAACAAUAGGACUGUUUAGAAUAAAAGGCUUUAUGAGCUACUUGUAACAAACUGGAACAAUAAUUGUUAUAGCUCUAACCUUCCGAAUGGAGCUACCCUCUGCACUCUUCCUUGUUUUCCUUCUGGUGCUGAAGCUUCAAGUGCUCCUUCAUCUUCAAUGUUUGCAAAGUGAAACAUUGGCCUUGUAUAACUACAACAAUAUCCAUAGACUUAUUCAGGCUGGAAAAACAAAGCAAAGCAUCCAAACAGAAAGGGCUUGGUAUUUAAUUUGUUCUAAAAAUCAUUGAAAAAUAUUCAGCCACAGUUAAAUUUGGGGAAAUGUGUGUAUAUAACUUUAAAAAUUAUAUAUUUGCAUACUACAUGCUCUUGUUAGACCGGCGAUAAAUUAUUGCCACUCUGUAGUUUGCUUUGUGGACAGAAAUCAAUCCAGCCUGACUGGUACAGGGUCACCAGCAUUGUUUUACAUUGAUGUCCUAAAUCAUUGCUUAUGUUUGGAUCUGAAUAAUUUUAGUGAAAGUCAGUGACAGUUUAGAGCAUUAACAUAGGCUUAGAGUUGCAGUUUGGAGACAGUUUCUAUAUUUAUACUUGUUCCCACUGUCCCUUUGGACAAAGGGUAAGCAUUGUCCCCAUGGUAAAAAAAGAUACGUGCCAUGGAACUGUUGUCGCUGUUUUUUCCAGAGUUUUAAUUUAAUAUUAGCUAUGAAUUUACUAAUAUUUGGCCAUUGCAUAACUGUAACUGACAUAAUACAUAUGAAGAUUUUA